CCAAGGGAAAAUAAAAGAUGGGAAAUUGAAUCGAAAGAAAAUGUCCUCAGAAAUAGAAUUUGACCAUAAGUCCACCCGCUUUAUAUAUACACCAAAAAAAAAAAAAAAAAACUCUAACACCUUAAUAUCUCCGACUUCUUCAAAUUUAUCUCCCAUCCUUAAUAAAAUCCCAUUUCCUUAACAAUAUCUCAUAUGGGUAUCCUUAAAAUCCCUCAAAUUCAAAUGGGUUUGCUUUAAAAUCAUACAACAUGCAUUACUUUACUCUCUGCUGAACUGGGUUUUGCUGUUACAUUUACUUAUUCAGAUGGCUGUCAAAGUUGCUUCUUCUUCAUUUUCUUGCAUUGCCACUCCACUUUCUUCUCCUUUUAAACUAAGGAGAAGCUCCCAGCUGAGCUUGUCAGAAAGACCAUAUAAUGGACUACAUUAUAAGCUUAGAAAUGCUGAUGUUCACUCGUGCCACUUCAUAGAUGAUCUACCAAAAUUAAAGGGAAAAUUUCCCAGAAGGCAACAUAUUAUCUUUGCAGCCUCUCAAGAUCAGUCACAGUACAGUGAGAUCAAACCAGAUGCAUCAGAAGAAGAAGAUGACCAUCCUACUGCUGAAGCUCUCCCUACUACUAGCAGUUCAAUUAAUCAUUUCCCAGGAACUGAUGGGAAACCUGGUUUAAUUUCAUUUUAUAAUCGCCCAUAUAAAAUGGUGGAUGAAGUCAUUAUAUCUAAUGUGCAAAGGAAUCCAAGCAGUCUAUUAUGGUUCAUUGGUCCUGCUGUCCUUGUAGCCUCUUUCAUUUUCCCUUCGCUUUAUUUACGCAAAAUACUCUCUGCAGUAUUCGAGGACUCUUUGCUUACAGAUUUCCUCAUAUUGUUCUUCACGGAAGCUCUUUUCUACUGUGGUGUUGCUGUUUUUCUUCUGCUAAUAGACCAUUUAAGGAGGCCAGUGGAACCAUUAUCUUCUGUAAACAAUAACAGAACCCUGGCUCCCCAUUUGGGACAGCGAAUCUCUUCUGUAGCUGCCUUGGUACUUAGUCUUAUAAUUCCCAUGGUUACAAUGGGCUUGGUCUGGCCGUGGACUGGCCCUGCAGCUUCCGCAACUCUUGCUCCAUACCUGGUUGGUAUCGUAGUACAAUUUGCAUUUGAGCAGUAUGCAAGAUACCGGAAGUCACCUUCUUGGCCUGUCAUUCCAAUCAUCUUUCAAGUUUAUAGAUUGCAUCAACUGAAUAGAGCCGCACAACUGGUGACAGCCCUGUCAUUCACAGUGAGAGGAGCUGAAAUGACCUCACACAAUUUGGAGAUAAGCAGCUCUUUAGGCACACUUUUGAAUGUCCUUCAAUUCCUUGGGGUCAUCUGCAUUUGGUCGCUGUCAAGCUUCCUCAUGAAAUUUUUCCCACCAGCUGCCAGGACUGCAGAGUGAUGCUUGAACAUCGAAGAGUUGGUAUGGCUGUAUCUCGCUUUGCUGAAUAGAAUGCCAAUGCUUGAUUCAGGUAAUCCAAUACAUGUAGGUUUCUUUCUUUGAGCUAUGGUUCUGGCAUGGUGAGCAGUUGGAGCUCAAUGGAUAUUAAAGAAUUUAAUUGUUGAAAGCAUGGUGAAAAAUUGUGGCACUGGUGGGAUUAUUUGAAUGAAGACAUACUGGAGAGCAGUGUUGCUAAAAGUGGCAGUGAUGUUAUUUCUGCAAUUUAGUGUUGUUUUGAGUUUCUAAUCUUAUGAUCAGGAUGCUAAACAGCACUUGGUUUUUGUCAUUGGCCAUUUUUUCCUGUAUACUGAUCCUUCUUCCUUCUAGAUUUUUCAUAUUGUAGAAUGUGUUUCAAAAGCAUCAUGGCUAAUUUAUAGAUAUGGAUGCAUCCGCACUCCUCAUCUUUUUACUGAAACAAGUUAUUGAAAUUUUGAAGCGUACAAAUCAUUUUCUUGUA